ACUCAUUCCAAACGACCCAUAAUUUAAAUGCGAAGAGGUUUUUUUUUCAUAUCUGGACUGAGUUAAUAAAGUGAAAUAAGUUCAAUCACCACAUAGGGGCCGGCCACCGCCCAAGCACAUCCAUCCCCUACGAUCAGGGAGAAGAAUCACCGGACGGCUAAUGGCGAAGUCCCUUGGGCAGACGGCGGAGUUCUUCCGGAGGAUGGGUGAGUGGAGGAAUCAGCUCCGCCACGCCGCUCCGUCGGCUAAUCAAUCUCAUUUCACUGCCUCUGCUUCUCACAAUCACUCAGAACAAUCGACGUUUAGAAGCUACCUCUCCGAUCGGGUACCCAUUUGGAACCCGGAAAGAAAUGGAUAUGCUAAAACCUAGUACAUGCAAUUUACGUACUUGUCGAACAAGUGAUUGGAGCAAGUAAUGUAUGGCCACUCAGGGGCCAUUGUUCAACAUUUGACAACAACAGAAACAUCG